AUGGCGCGCUCCGGAGCAUGGGACGACUCCGAAGUUCAUGACGACCACAUGGACAUUCUCCGCCAGACGCGGCGGCUGCCCGGCAAGGAAUACGUGAAGAGCCCCCUCCUCCAGUCGGCCGCCUGCGCCACGGGGCCGGAGCGUCAAUUCCUCCCCGACCGAGAGGAGAGCGACGUGGAUGAUCCCGACUUGGGGGCGGUGGCCUUGGAGGACGACGCCGAGGGGGGAGGCGGCAAAACAGGCGGCUCAAGGCUCGGAGCCGGCCUCGAGGACUGGCCCGACGAUGAUGCGGGGGAAGUCGCCCCGCGCCACCAGCCGCGCCGGAUGCCCAAGGUGGCGGAAGCAGAGAAGGCGGAGGCCGCCGCCCUAAAGAAACUGGCGGAGGCCGAGGCAGCCGACGUGGCGAAGAAGCAGGCCGAGGACGCUGCGCGCCGCCAGUCGGCGGUGUUCGUCAGUCCCCUGAACUCCGCGCCGCCGCCACCGGAGUUCAUGGCGCAGACUGGGGAAGCCGGUGGUGAGCACCCCGUCAUGGAGAGGGACAGCGGCGACGUCGCCAUGCCGGAUGUAAUCGUGCCUCCACCGCCACCGUCCGGGAACGUGCAAGGCAAGCAGCCGGCGGACCCGCCGGUGCCGCCAGCCGGAAACGAGGUGGUGACAGGCCCGACUCCUGAGGUCCGCACACCAACGCGCCGCUGGCUUGCAAAGGCGGCUUCGGUGCCACGCCCGCUGGAGACCGGUGCCGCAAGCUCCUCGAUCCCGGACACCGAGGCGACCAGCGCCGCGCCCACUGGGUGGGUGCGGGGAGGCGGGACGGGCCCUCUGAACAAGGCGAUCCUGGACGUUCAAGCCAAACUCCGCGCCGAGGCCGACGCUAUCAAGCACUGCAACCAGGCGUUCCUGGAAUCGCGAGAGGCCAUCCAGCAGCUGGGCGAAGCCAACACCGCGCUGCGCGCUAAGGAGGAGGAGUGCGGCAAGCUGGCUGAAGAGCGUGACCGGCUGGUCGCGCAACUAGCGGAGCAGGCAAAGCUUCUCAAGAAGGCCCAGAAGGAGGCAGAGGACAAGGAGACCAGCCUCCUUGCUGAGUUCGCGACCGAACGCUCCGCCUGGACCGACAAGGAGGCGAUGCUGUCUUCCGGCUUUCACGAGAUUGAAGACAUAGUUGAUGAUACGUUGGAGACGUAUCACGCGGCGCGCUUCCAGCAUCUCGGCGUCGGCGUCUUCUGGAAUGGGCGCCGUCAGGUCUUGCAGCGCCGCAUCGAGCGGGUCAUGAGCACCUCCGUCGGAGUGCUCGCUGUGGCCGAUGACAAGCACCUCCGUGACGGUGCUUCCGCCGCUCUCUGCGCGAGGAAGCGGCUCGUCGUAGACCACCACCGCCUCCUCCGCCGCCUCUUCGGCUACAUGUCCUCCACGUCGGAGAGCGGCACUACCUCAGAUGACAACGACCCUCCCGCUGCCGACGCUUACACGGAGGAGAUGGACCGCCACACUGCCGACCUCAAGGGCAAGGGCCAAGCCAAGCGGUGA